AUGAACCGCAACGACGCGACGGCUUCGCACGACCACCGGACGUGGUUCUCAUCGCAGUCGGUCAAGCUGAACCCCCAGUGCGGCAUCUCGCGCACCACGGAAAAGUCCAUCGUGCUCCGCGUGUGCACCCAUGAAGAAAAGCUGGCAAGCAGAGGCGACCAGCGCCCGAGCGACGACCGCGCGACGCACGCGCGGCGUUUGACUCGAGGCGAAGAACACGCGGACGACAGGUCCGACCGUGACGUGAGCGAGACGCUGGCGGCGCUGUACACCGAGUCAGCACGCAAGAAACAGUGGCUCGACAGCGAGGAGAAGACGUUCUGGCGCGGGCAACAGCGGCUGAGCAGUCUACAGCGAGAGUAUGCGGCGCUGUUACGCACACUGGAGCAGCGCAAGCGACGGCGGAAGGAGAGACUUUGCACGACAACGAUGCUGCGAGGACGACGUCGAGUGGAGGGUACUAGCGACUGUGAGUGCAACUGUGAGAGCAGCUCUGGUAGCUCCGGUAGCAGCAGCGAUAGCGACGACAGCAGUCUCAAGGACGAGCGCCUGCUUCGAAGCAACAGGUGCAGCAGCAACAGCAGCAGUCAAAAGCGUCGACCAGGACGUGAGGGAGCAAAGAAGGAGCGAAAACGACUGCGUCGAUUCCGACGCGAGGUGUCGCUCCGGUUCCAGUUGCUCGAGUCCGAGUGUCGAGAGUCCAAGCUACAGAUGGAGAAAGUUGUCGGUGAUUUACGGCGGGAGUACGCCGACUCGUGUCUCUUUGGCACGUCGUUGAAAUUCUAG